UUACUCCCUCUCUUUCUCCCGCAGCAUGGUGGCUUUUGGGAGGGGCCGUGCUCAGAGACGGGUUGCAGUGGCAGCACUAGAGGUUGACAGUCAAUUCUACGCACAUGAGACUUUCCUGGCGUGUGUGAGACUUUGUGUGUGUGACAGACAGACAGAGAGAUAGGAGGUAUUAGUGUCUGGGUCUGGUAUUUUCUUGACAUCGUUGUGAGCCACCAGUCCUGCUGAAUGUCCAGACUGAAGACAUCAAGAAGUUCCCACCUUCAGCUCCAGGUUCUGUCUGGCCACAAUGAGUGAAGUUGUCAUUGUGAAAGAGGGUUGGCUACAUAAGCGAGGCGAAUACAUAAAAACAUGGAGGCCAAGAUAUUUCCUGCUUAAGAGCGACGGAACAUUUAUUGGUUACAAAGAGCGGCCGCAAGAUGUUGACCAGCUGGAAACUCCACUCAAUAACUUCUCAGUGGCCCAAUGUCAGUUGAUGAAGACAGAAAGGCCAAAGCCAAACACUUUCAUCAUUCGGUGCCUGCAGUGGACAACGGUUAUUGAACGCACCUUUCAUGUUGAGACGCCAGAGGAAAGGGGGGAAUGGACAAAGGCCAUCCAGGCCGUGGCAGAUAGCCUACAGAAGCAAGAGGAAGAAAGAAUGGACUCUUCACCUGAUCCAAUGGAAAUGUACCUGUCCAAACCUCGACUCAAAGUGACAAUGCAUGACUUUGAAUACCUCAAACUCUUGGGCAAAGGCACUUUUGGGAAGGUUAUAUUGGUGAAAGAGAAAGCCACGGGAAAAUACUACGCCAUGAAAAUCCUCAAGAAGGAGGUCAUAGUAGCAAAAGAUGAGGUAGCUCACACACUUACUGAAAACCGGGUCCUUCAGAAUUCCAAACACCCUUUUUUAACAGGUCUCAAGUAUUCCUUUCAAACUCAUGACCGCUUAUGUUUCGUUAUGGAGUAUGCAAACGGAGGAGAGCUUUUCUUCCAUUUAUCGCGAGAUCGAGUAUUUUCAGAAGAGCGAGCACGGUUUUAUGGCGCAGAGAUCGUCUCAGCCCUAGACUACCUCCAUUCUGAGAAAAACGUAGUUUACAGAGACCUAAAGCUGGAGAACCUAAUGCUGGAUAAGGACGGCCACAUAAAGAUCACUGAUUUUGGUCUGUGUAAAGAGGGAAUUACAGAGGGAGCUACAAUGAAAACGUUCUGUGGUACACCGGAGUAUCUUGCUCCUGAGGUUCUUGAGGACAAUGAUUACGGUCGGGCAGUGGACUGGUGGGGAUUGGGUGUGGUCAUGUACGAGAUGAUGUGCGGCCGGCUGCCCUUCUAUAACCAAGAUCAUGAGAAGCUCUUCGAGUUAAUCCUCAUGGAGGAGAUCCGCUUCCCCCGCACGCUUGGCCCAGAGGCAAAAUCAUUGCUAUCAGGCCUGCUUCAAAAGGACCCGAAACAGCGGUUAGGUGGAGGACCAGACGAUGCAAAAGAAAUCAUGUUGCAUAAGUUCUUCGCAGGCAUUGAAUGGCAAGAUGUCUAUGAGAAGAAGCUUGUUCCACCCUUUAAGCCCCAGGUGACCUCAGAAACAGACACUCGCUAUUUUGAUGUGGAGUUUACAGGGCAGACCAUCACCAUCACACCCCCAGGCCAAGAUGAAAACAUGGAGUUGUUUGGCAGCGAUAGAAGACCCCACUUCCCACAGUUCUCAUACUCUGCCAGUGGCACGGCGUGACGAAAACUCUUUAAAGCACAAGUGCACACUUCUCCUGUAAGGCACUGCUGAUCAUUUAUCCACAGCCAUCGCUGUACCCUCUUCGUUUACCUCUUUUCGGGAUUCACAAUGUUAGCAGCGGUGGUCUAAUUUGAUUUUAUCAAGCAUCGAGCAUUGCAGAUUAGCAGGCUUGGUUUAGGACAGUAUUGGUUCCUGUUUCCUCGAACUUCUCUAUAAGUAAUACAUCGAUAUUUAUAAUUGAAUUCAUAUACACGCUCCUUUAUGUACAGUAGAUAUUGUGCAUUAUGAAUGUCACACUUCUAAAACAAUAAUUGGGUACAUUUCUGACACCAGGAUACCUGGAGAGGUCAGAUGGAGAGAAUGAACACUUGGUUACAUUUACUUGCAUCUCUACCUGCACCAAACCUGUUCAGUUUUUACUUUAAAAUGCGGUCCUUAAGUAUGACUUAAUGUAGAGGUUCACUGUUUGUGUCCUGUAAGGACAUGACAUUACCUGUAUACCAAAGAAACUAUGAUUUACAGUACGAUUUACAAUAAAAACCAAGUGGUACUUGUAAACUGUCAGGUUUGAUGAGGAAUGAGGAGACUGUUAUGGCAUCUGAAAUACUUUUGUUUGUAAAAUGCGUUUUCAGAUGAUUAGAUUUUAUUUUAAAAGGAUUUUAAUUCCAUUUGUACAUUUAAUCAUUUUCUAAGCAUAUUCAGUACAUGUUCCAGAAUAUUGCCUACUCACAUUUUUCUAAUGCAGAUCUUUUUGAUCCAUGUAGAAAUUCUGUAGUGCUGAGCAGUAUUGAUGCCUUGAAACAUUGCGGCAUUAAGGGCUGCACUAUUCGCAUGAACUUUCAGCCAUGAACUGAAAUUCGAAUCAAAUAUACAGAACAAAAUUUCAAUCAAAAUAAAAAAGCAUAACUGGUUUUAAAAACCAGACACUAUUUGACAACAUUCUUUUUUAUGUCCAUGCAAUUUGUAAAAGAUAUUUACUGUCAAUUAAAUAAAAGCCACACUUCAUUUUUACACAAUUGGGAUUGACAGGAAAUUAAAGUACAUUGACUAUUUAUGAGAAUAUGUUGAUACAAGCAGACAAUGUCUAAAGAUUGCCAAAACAAUCCAUGUAUAAUCAUUAGAACUUUCCUUACAUUUAGUAAAAUUUUAAGGUUUUUAAUGAAUUUGAACAAGAAUUGUGAACACUGUCACCAAUUUCAGCUGCCUUAAGUUUUGAAGUUAAUCAAAUUAGCUUUAUGAGUCAGUUGAACUUAAUUAUAUUGAACUGACCCAAAAAAUCCACUUGUAUUUUUAGGUCAGUUCAAUAUAAUUAAGUUCAACUGACUCAUAAAGCUAAUUUGAUUUAACUUAAAAAAUUAAUAAAGCUUUUUAACUUAAGUUUUUUAUUUGUUGUUUUUUUCAGUGAAAGAACAAAAAUUCCAACGUCCUUUAUUGAAAAUGGUACCGCAGUUCUAUAUUAAGACAUUUGGCAAGUUUUAAACUUAUCAAUUGAAUAAGCUGCAAGUUAAAUUGUUUUAUGUUUAACAGUUAUUAUUUGUCAAUGUGUGCAGGCCUCUGCAAAUACAUAUUUAAUAAGUUGUAUCAUAAUACGAUAUGAACAUUUGAAACUUUCUGCAUUUUGCCUAAAAAAAUAGACAUUUCAUGACCCAAACACAAUAUUGAAUGUAAGUUGCUGGUCUAUACGUAUUACUUUUAUUUUUCUACUUUGCUUUUAUAUUUUAUAUAUGUUUUCUAAUUCAUGUUAAAUUUAUGCCUUUUGUAUUGAUACACCCCAUACUCAAAUUACCAGAGCUGGUUUUGAAGGGAAUUUUCCACAAUUAAGUUAUUUUCAUAAUGUACGUCUUAGCAGACGGCUGGCUGAGAGACAAAAUACAAUGUACAAAACACACACACACAAAAAAGAAAUAAACAUUUUUUUUAAUUGGA